UCUUUUACACUUCUUUGACGGUGCGACUCACCCCACACUGAAGGGGGGAAUGGAGGCCGAUGGAGUCGAUUAUGAAAAAGUUUUAGAAGUGCGUGUCUGUUUGACUGUGAGUUUGGGGAGCUGAGCGCUGACGCCGGCAGUCUGGGCCACUUGGCCAGCGCAAAGGAAAAAGGAAAACUGCUUCACUGCUGCGGAGAGUAGGAGAGGAGAGGACAGGAGUGGAGGGGGGGGAGAAUCGAAACUUUUGAAGCAAAAGAAUUUCCCGUUUAUUUUGAAACUACAAGGCAAAUAAGCUGGGAGGGGGUUAUCGUUUGAGUUCCCCACGUUAGUCGGCCGAACGUGUCGUGGAUGUGGCGUUUGGAGCCUGAUCUUUGUGGUCCCGAUUUCCUCAGCUUUCACGAAAAGAAUGUGUUUUUGUCUCCGAGGACUUCAGAUGGAGAGUAGGGCUGUUCAGUGAAUUUCUCCAUGAAUGUACGUCACAAUGAUGAUGACAGACCAGAUUCCACUGGACUUGGCUCCGCCCCCCCUCCUGAACGGGGAGGUCCCUCUCAUGCCUCACAUGGUUAACGGUGACGCAGCACAGCAGGUGAUCCUGGUGCAGGUGAACCCAGGGGAGACAUUCACCAUCCGGGCAGAGGACGGCUCACUGCAAUGCAUCCAGGGUCCUGCUGAGGUUCCCAUGAUGUCCCCAAAUGGGUCAAUCCCCCCCAUCCACGUACCCCCAGGAUACAUCUCACAGGUGCUGGAGGAUACCACAGGGGUGCGCCGGGUGGUGGUGACCCCCCAGUCUCCAGAGUGCUACCCUCCCUCCUACUCCCCGGCCCUCUCCCCCACACACCACCUGCCACCCUAUUUGGCUCACCCUCACUUCAUCCCCAACUCUCACUCUUUUUACCCACCUGUCAGUCCCGGGGAGCUGCCCCCCCACCAGUACUACCAGCACCAUCUUCCUCCCAUGUACGGCGAUCCAGAAAUCAUCCCAGUUUAUGGGAUGUCUAACUACAUAGGCAGGGAGGAGACAUACUGUAAGCCACAGCCCAAAAAGAUAAAGGAACAGAGACAACUAGAGCGACAGAACCGACUUAACUCCCCUCCCUCCACUCUGUAUAAGGGCAGCCUGGGGCCAGCACACAAUGGAUACAGCAACAAAUCACACGCCACGUCGCUCGGGUCAGCGGGGUCGGGGGGCGGAGUCAGCAGUCCAGGAGGGAAGAAGCCGGAGAGACGCCACCGCAGCAGUCCACGAAACAGCGAACCAGAGACACACACACAAGAUCAUGAUUCAGAGGGGAAACGUGUUCAAGACUUGCUGUCUACGAUCGACAAACCACAGGUGUCCAAUGUGCAGGCGCGGACUGCACGGCUGACCUGGGCCCCCCCGGCAGGGCUGGUGAACAGGCAUAGUAACGGGAUGCCUGUGUCCUGCUCCUUUGAGGUCUCUCUCUCAGAUAAGGGACGAGAUGGAAAGUACCGCCUUAUAUACAGUGGUGAAGAAUUGGAGUACCACCUGAAAGACCUACGGCCAGCAACAGACUACCACGUACGGGUGUCUGCGAUGUACAACUCGGUUCGAGGCUCGUGUUCAGAGGCCGGCUCGUUCACCACACACUGCAGCGUCCCCGACGUCCCGUUAUCCCCGAAACUCACCCACCGCACCAAGAGCACCCUCACCCUACAGUGGAAGCCCCCAGGCGACAACGGAUCCAAAAUCACAAACUACCUGCUCGAGUGGGAUGAGGGAAAGAAGAACAGUGUUUUCAGAGAAUGUUACUUUGGGAGCCAGAGACACUGUAAGCUGACGCGACUGUACCCCGCCUGUGGCUACACGUUCAGAGUGGCUGCUCACAAUGACAUUGGCACAAGUGGCUUCAGUGCAGAGGUGGUGUAUCACACCAUGGGCACCUUGCCUGCUCUGCCUCUGGCACCGCGGCUGGUCAGGGCAGGAGUGUCCUGGGUGACCCUGGAGUGGGGGCGUCCUGAGGGCAGCCCGAGUGAGGAGCAGCUCAAAUACACACUUGAGAUCCAGGAGGACAACAGCGGAACAGACUUUCAUCCAAAGUACACUGGAGAAAACUUGACCUGUACUGUACAAGGCCUGAAGAGGAGUACACAGUAUAAAUUCAGGCUCAUAGCGUCGAAUUCGGAGGGAAAAAGCAGUCCCAGUGAAGUGUUGGUGUGCACCACCAAUCCAGACAAACCAGGCCCUCCAUCUACACCCUGUGUCACCGCAGCAACGCCCUACGGGUUUACAGUCACAUGGGAUCCUCCCCAGGACAACGGUGGCUCGGAGGCUCUCACAUACCUGCUAGAGAUCUCAGAGGGAUGCUCUGAAGCGAGCCAGUGGGAGGUAGCGUACAGUGGUCCAGCAACAGAAUGUAUGUGUGAGCGACUGACACCUGGGACCUUCUACCACCUGCGGGUGUGUAGCAUUACCACGGGAGGACACAGCCCUUGCACUGUUAGUGUUCCGGUGCGUACAUUAAGCGUCCCGCCAGGGCCCUGCCAGCCGCCGAGGAUUGUGGGUAAAGCCAAACACAAGGAAGUGCAGUUAGAAUGGGACCCUCCUGUAACGGAGGGUGUUUGUGAGGAGUGUGUGUUCAGUCUGGAGAUGAGUGAAGGGGACACAAAGCCAGCAGAAGUCUACCAUGGGUCAGAGCUGCAGUGCACUGUUGGUAGUCUGCUGCCUGGUGCCACAUACAGCUUCCAACUGCGGGCUGCAAACGAGGCUGGGUUCGGCACAUACUCUGAGCCAACAGAGGUGACGACCGCAGCAGGUCCUCCUGGCCAGUGCGGGGCGCCAGUCAUCACUCUCACCAGUAACACCUGCGUGACACUCAACUGGGAGAGUCCUGAGGGUUCGGGUACAGACAUAUCUGAGUAUCGUUUGGAGUGGGCGAGGGAAGACGAACCCAUGGAGCUCAUCUACUGCGGAUCUGCCACACAGUGUGAACUGUCAGACCUGACGCCUGCCACAGAUUUCUGCUGCAGGCUACAGGCGGUGAAUCAGGCAGGCGCUGGUCCCUACAGCGAGCAGGUGAGUUUCCGGACCCCUGCGACGAAUCCCGACCAGGUCUCCUCCCUCACCCUCCUGGACCUUCUGAGUUACUCGGAGUCAAGUCACUCCCCGUCUACCUGCCUCCUCCUGAAGUGGGACGAGCCAAACAGCAACGGGUCGGAGAUCACCUCCUAUGUCAUCACCCUGGACCACCAAACCAUCACUGUGGAAUCGGGGACAAGUCACCUUAUCACGGACCUGCAGCCAGACAGUGAAUACAGUGUACAGAUCCAGGCAGUGAAUGCCAUCGGCUCCAGUCCCUUGAGUCCCCCCCUGCUGACGAGGACACGCCCCCUCCCUCCAGCCCCGCCCCCUCUCGAAUGCUCAGCGGCUGGCCCUCAGAGCCUGAAGCUGAAGUGGGGCGAGAAUGCCGGCAACACGCACACUCGCACCCUGCUUGCCGAAGACGUGAUCUACAUGUUACAGAUGGAGGACAAGAACCACAGGUUUGUGACGAUCUACCGCGGUCCCAGCCACACCUACAAAGUCCAGCGACUGAUUGAGUCCAGCAGCUACAGCUUCAGAAUACAAGCCAUCAGCGAUGCUGGAGAGGGUCCGUUCUCUGACACACACACCUUCAGCACCACCAAGUCUGUACCCCCUGCCCUCAAAGCUCCCAGAGUGCACCAGCUGGAGGGGAACACGUGUGAGAUCACAUGGGAGACAAUCCCACCAAUGAGGGGAGAUCCUGUGAGCUACGUGCUCCAGGUGCUGGUGGGACGCGAGUCAGAAUACAAACAGGUUUUUAAGGGAGAAGAGGCCGUGUUCCAGAUCUCCGGUCUGCAGGGCAACACAGACUAUCGUUUCCGCGUGGGCGCCUGCCGCCGCUGCCUGGAUUCGUGCCAGGAACUGUGUGGACCACUGAGCCCCUCCUCCUUGUUCGCGCUGCGUCGCCAGGAGACGGCAUUGUCGGGAGACUUGUGCGCCGUGGAAACAGGCAAAGGGGCGGGCCUGAUCUCCACCGACGAGCGCUUCGCCGCGCUCAUCGUGUGCGUGUUCGCAGGCCUCUCCAUCCUCAUCGCCUGCGUGCUGCAGUACUUCUUCAUGAAGUGAGGGAAUUUUACCUAAAGGAUAGAAAGAGAAAGCAAAAAAAAAUCACAGAGUCUAUGAAAGAAUCGAUGAAAUCAAAACAAACACUUGAUAUACUUCAAAGGCUAUGUAUGUUUUCUUUUUUUUUGUUUUUGUUUUUUUUUUAGUCAAAGUAUCGAUUCUGGCUUUCCUCACCUUGUUCCUGUUGUCUUCUGCCUUCACUCGGUGUGGUCUCAUUUCUCUCUAUGUCUCGGUUGUCUUUGUAUCAUUGUCUGUCUCAUUUGUUAAGGAUUUCUGUCGAGGGAAGCCUUGUCUUAGCUGUACCUCGCUUGGGAAAGAAAACUGAUAAUCAAGCCUUAAAAUAGCUGUGAGCAGAGCAGUUGCUCCUCAGACUGACUUGCAUGUUUUUAUUUUGUAUUUUUUUUAAAAAAAAACAACAACACAUAUCUAAACGAUUAGAGAACGUGUAUAUUUCUUGACGGUGAUUGCCUUACCUUUUUUUUUUUGUUUUUCAAUGUGUAAUUUUGUUUUUUUUAAUUUUUUUUGUGCUGCAGUCUUUAUUCAUUUCAGCCAUAUUCCAAUGUAGGCCUUCAAAGCUUUAGCAGUUCAUACCUUAUUACUCAGUUUGUUACUACUCUACUACAGGCUGUCGGUCAGUUCAUGCAAUCUGCACCUGCUCUCACACACAAGCAUACACUGGCAAAGACCCAGUGUACACACACACUCACACACACACACACCACAUGUUGAAAUUUAUGUACACAUACAUGCUUGUACAAUUACGUUCAUGCAAUCACAGUGAGAAACACACACAUUUCUUCCAAUCACAUAUCUGCUCAGCUUUUAACAUUCAAUCACUCACUCAUUCAGCUACCAAAGUGAUGCAAUUCAUGUGUGGUGUAAGAUGCUGCUAUCCUGUGAUUUUAUUAUAUCUAAGAAAGAAUGGAAAACCAGUAAUCUAAUAUAUAUAUACACACAAUGUGUAUAUAUAUAUAUAAAAUAACAAAUAUAUAUGAUGCUAUAGAAGUGAUGUAAUAUAAGUGAUGGCAAUGUAAGGUCUGAACUACAGUGUGAAAGGGGAGGAGUCAAUUCUUGGUGCUUACAAACAGCAGCUCUGAUGUCAGUUAAGCAGCGUGUGCAAACGCUUGAAGGAGCCCUUAAACACUGGUCUUGGAUCAGAAUAUGAACCCUUGUAGGUAUUCGAAUGUCGGGCAUAAACUGGCUUUAGAGUUAAGGAAGCCGGGCUGGGAUUGUCAUUGGCUACAUUUAUCAGGAAAUGGCUGGGCUGAUCAUUUGAUUGGCCCCCGGUCAGUCCUUCUAUAAUCUAACAUCUCAAGUACCGUUGCUUCAACCUGUUUAUUUGUAGCUUUAGUAGCAAUAUGCUCGUAGCGUCAAAGACCCGGAGGUGCUAACAGCCUGCCAGCUAGCCGCCCUUCUCAGAGCUGUGUGUGUUAACCAGGAAAGCCAUUAGGAGUUAGCUUCAGCUUUAUCCCCCACGUGACAUUUAACCAGCUCCCAGCCAGGGCAUUGCUGUAUUUUCUGAUUCCACCUAGUCUGUGAAUCGAUACAUUUGAAGACUCUUCAUCACUUUUCUCCUCUCCUGCCCAUAAUUAUCUGUCAUUACCUUUUGCUCUGGCUGCUCUUCUCCUGCUUUCGAUCCAUCCCAUCCUUCUGCCCAUGCACUAUUCUCUCUCUUUCUCUCCCUUUUUAUUCUCUCUCUCUCUCUCUCUCUCUCUCACACUCAGUCUCUCUCUAUUUAAAGGUGCUUUAUUGACAUGUAAUCAGAGCAGUUGCAAGUCUGUGGUCUCUCCUCAGACGGACAUGUUCUCUGGGGACUUGAACUAAUGUUCACUAACCAAACAAGCCUUCGACAGAACACAACUCAACCGAACAGGGCAUUCUGACACAAUGUAACAUCCGGCCUGACCUCCCGUCUAACUCCUGAACCCCACCCCCACCCUCCCGUUUUUAUCCCGAAAAACAAAGCCAAGGUACAUCCAGUACAUACCCUGAUCCAAAGAAGUCACCCUGACCUGCGUGAUUAAUGUGUGACAUGUCUACUUUCGUGUGGUGGUUCACGGGGGUAGAAGGAGUGAGAGGGAAUGGCGGGUAUGGAAGAGAGGUGGGGCAGUAGUUUAGCCCCACCUCUCAGCUCUGAUUGGCAGCCUGUAACGUACCUCAGGGAUAAGGCCUUACAGAGGGGAGAUCUAAUCCUGUCAUCCCCAUCGCUGUCAUUCUCGUCAUCAUAAUAGCCUCUGUUUCUCUCUGUCUUCCUCCCCCUCUUUUACCAUUUCCUUUCUUCUUUCUUUUUUUUGAUGCUGUAUCUUGUCUUCUGUCUAUGCUGUGCCUUGCUCCUGUAUGUCAGUAAGCAAAGUGGUUUACUAGCUCAAAAUACCUUUGCCAAAGUUGAUGGGAAAGUUAAGGUAGAGUUCUUUUCUAGGUUUUAUUUAUACUAUAUAUUUGCAUACAGUACUUUACAUGCCAAUUACAGUGCAAUCUUCAUUUAUUUAUUGUUUAAAGAUUAAGAGACAAGUGUAGUUAUAUACUAAUUUUUUUUCCUUGUAGCAUGUUUUUUUUUUUCUUUUUAAUUUUUUUUUUAAAAAUGGAUGUAUGUUAGAUUGUAUGAUUAAGGCCAGCAUUCCUUAUCUCAGUAACCCUUUAAGUAUUUCUCUUACAGCUGUUAGGAACCUGUAGCUCAUCAGUCCAUGCAUUGUAGUUAUCAUUGCCGUUUCAAACAUGUAACCAAAUGCCUUUGUGUUUUUUGUUUGGUUUUUUUUUUGUUUGUUUAUUUGUUUGUUUGUUUUUUCAUCUCCUGUUUCGGCCAUGCACAGCCGAGCAGUUCUUGUAAUGCUUAGAGAGACAUGUAGCAAAGCCAGGCCUUAGGGUCAAGUCAUCUGUAUCGGGAUAAAAGUUGCUGCCUUUGGCUCUUUUUUUCUGACUAGUGUUAUAAUGAAGCUUCUGAUAUCUUUUUACUGUUUUACUGCCAAAGUGCCGGCUUCUCGUAUCCACUAGAUGUUGCGUUCGCAGUCGUCUAAAGGGUUCUGUGAUGUUCUUCUGUAACGACGCAGCAUUACGAUUAUUAUUAUUGUUAUUAUUAUUCUCUCAAAAGGAAAAAAAAACAUUAACUUGAUCUGUGAUUAUGCUUCUUUUCAUAUUAUCUUUUAUUAUUUUGUUUUGUAAAGCAAAAAAUGUGCCAUUUUGAAAUGUGUAGCCCCCUUUUGGAGGAGAGUAACACAACCUGAUUUCACACAGAAAAUUAAAAGAAAAAAAAGGCAAAAACAAUCAUACGAUGAUUUCAGGCAGAUGAUGACAAUAAUAAUAUUGACGAUUCCUUGUUCAGGCUAGUGCUGGUAUAGCAGUAGUGAGUAUUUUGUAUCCAGUAUUUUGCUAAGAGAUGAUAUGCAGAGAUAUCUAUAGAGCUAUAGAAUGAGAUGGUAAUACAUUAUGACUAACAGAGUUGAAGCACUUUUUUUAUGCCGAGCAUUAGUCUUGAUGAGGUUAAUACGAGCGAGAGGAGACAUGAGGUCCUUGGCUCUGUUCCAAACACUACUGCCAACGCCUUCUGUUACAUACAUUGGCAUUAUUCUGUCGUUGGCGUCACUGUGACAUUGGCAUUGCUGGAGCGCGGUUCUGUGCUUCUCAAACGUGGCACCCUGCUCCCUACAGAACGCAGACUAAGGUAACAAAGGAAGCACAGCUCAUAGGGAGUAGGAUGCCUCUCUCAGACAUGCUUACGGUGUCUACCUAACCUGUUGCAUUGUAGUCGACGGGUGAUGUGUGAGGUGUCCUUUUGUUAAAUCCCUGGUGUUUUGUUGCCCACCCGCAGCCCCCUUUAUUCCCCUCUACUUUCAAGCCUUAAUGCCCCAGUGGGAGAGCAGAGGUUCACCUUGUGUUUGGCCGAGCUCAGGCCAGUCGUGUUAGUAUUGUAUAGUCUGAGGUUAACGGAGUGUUAACUAAAAGGCUGUGCGUUUGUGGGCAGGGUACUCCCUUUAUGUGCUUUGUUGUUGUUUUUUUCUAUUUCUUUUUUUUUUUUUUAGUUAUUCUUAAAAUGCUGGUGAUUUUCUGCCCUUCCCACCCAAACACCCACCCAUCCUGCAGGUCCUGCACAUUUGAUGGGUAUGUCAAGAAUGAGAGACGAUUUGUUUGCCCAGCAACCCCACGUCUGUGCCUUCUGAUGUUUGUUUCUUCUUUUAAUUUUUUUUGUUUUGUUUUAUUUUGUUUUUUACGUUUUACAGUAAGUAGAGAUUUUGACUGAGAAUUUGGCGAUUUGACAAACAUACAGAGACUCACAGGUAUUUAACUAUUUUUUAAGCGAGACAAAAAAAGAAACAUAUUUUUACCUCACGAUUUAAAAACAAACAUUCCAAUGUUGUCAUGGUCUACGAAUUGAAAAAAAGAAAAGAAAUUCAUGCAUUUCUUCUUGUAUUGUAAAUGUUAGACAAUUUCAUAUGCAUUAUAUAAAAGAAACUGCCAUAUCAAUUUUAAUGUAUAGAUUUUUGCAAAUACUACCCUAUGUAUGUAAGACGUAACUGUAUCGGUAGCGUAUAUAUAAUAUAUUUAUGCCCAAUAAAUGUUUUGACUUUUUUCUGA